AUGAGAAUUUCCAAAUUCACUUCCUUUUCUUUUUUCUUUCAUAUGUUAUUCAUCUACUUAUUAUCACCAGAGAAUUCACAGGUUGUAGCAACAUGUUCCACAGCUACAGAUUGUGGACCAGGCUUUUAUUGUGGCCAUUGUCCUGGUUUAGGUAGGACUCAAUCUGUCUGCACUAGAGGCCAAGCCACAGUUGUAACAUCCAUUGUGAGUGGGUUGCCCUUCAACAAAUACUCAUGGAUCAUGACACAUAAUUCAUUCAGCAUAAUGGAUGCACCCUUUUUGAAUGGAAUUCAAAGGCUUACAUUUUAUAAUCAAGAAGACACUGUCACUAACCAAUUGAGGAAUGGAGUGAGAGGAUUGAUGUUGGACAUGUAUGACUUCCAGAAUGAUGUUUGGCUAUGUCAUUCAUUUCAAGGACAAUGCUUCAACUUCACCGCAUUUCAACCUGCUAUAAACACUUUGAAAGAAGUGGAAGUGUUUUUGACUGAAAAUCCGACGGAGAUUGUCACCGUUAUAAUUGAAGACUAUGUGCGUGCACCAAAAGCAUUGAUUAAUCUAUUCGUAAAUGCUGGUCUUGAUAAAUACUGGUUCCCUGUGUCUGAUAUGCCGAAAAAAGGUGAAGAUUGGCCUACUAUAACGCAGAUGGUUCAAGCUAAUCAUCGACUUCUUGUUUUCACUUCUGAUGCUUCGAAAGAAGCUGAAGAAGGAAUAGCUUAUCAGUGGAGAUACAUGGUUGAAAAUGAGUCUGGAGAUUCUGGACUUCAUCGCGGUUCUUGCCCACGUAGAAAAGAAUCAAAUCCGCUAAAUUCUAGAAGUGCAUCACUUUUCUUGCAGAAUUACUUUCCAACGUAUCCGGUUGAAGCUGAAUCAUGCAAAGAGAAUUCAGCUCCACUUGCAAAUAUGGUGAAUACAUGUUACAAGACUGCAGGAAAUGUGCUGCCUAACUUCAUCGCAGUUAACUUUUACAUGAGGAGUGAUGGUGGCGGUGUUUUUGACAUCAUUGAUCGGAUAAAUGGCCACACAUUGUGUGGAUGCAGUACAGUCACUGCCUGCGAGGCAGGAGCACCUUUUGGAUCUUGCAAGAACAUUUCUGUACCGAGUACAAGUCCAAUGACUAACACUCCCGGAACCUUUAACGGUUAUGUUCAGUUUUCAAUUAAAUCAGCUUCACCAGUCCAUUCUCCAAAUCGCCCGCUUUUCCUCUUGUUUUACUUCCUGCUUACCACAGUUCUUUUGCAGUUUCCAUGA